UAGAGGCUUAGAAAUGGUGGGGAGGGGUGAGGUGUGACAUUCUUACAUAGCACAGUACACUUAUCCUCCCACCAGCCACUCAUUCCCCACUCUAAUAUCCUCCACCCAAUCUUAUAAUCCAGUCCCGAAAACAACAAAUAUAAAAGAUCCUACACUUUCAUUUUCAUGCUUCUUAUAAAACCAUCAUAUUUUCCAUCUCUUGCUCUAUUUCAAUCUGCAUCAUAACCAUGGCUACUGCAGUAACUUCUACGGUCUCAUUUCCAUCCUCCAAGUCUGCAUCUCUUCCCUCAAGAACCAGUAUAAUCUCACCAGAAAGAAUCUCCUUCAAGAAGGUUCCUCUGCACUAUAGGGAUGUUUCUGUUGGAGGAAGAGUGGUUUCUGUCAGAGCCCAGGUCACCACAGAGGCUCCUGCUAAAAAGGUUGAGAAGGAGUCCAAGAAAAUGGAGGAAGGUGUGGUUGUGAACAAGUAUAAGCCUAAGGAACCUUACGUUGGGAGAUGCCUCCUUAACACUAAGAUUACUGCGGAUGAUGCUCCUGGAGAAACUUGGCACAUGGUCUUCAGCACUGAUGGGGAGGUUCCCUACAGAGAAGGGCAAUCAAUUGGGGUAAUUGCAGAUGGUAUUGACAAGAAUGGAAAGCCUCACAAGUUGAGACUAUACUCCAUUGCCAGCAGUGCCCUUGGCGACUUUGGAGACUCCAAAACUGUUUCUCUGUGUGUCAAACGGCUUGUAUACACAAAUGAUAAAGGAGAAGUUGUUAAAGGAGUCUGCUCAAAUUUCUUGUGUGACUUAAAACCUGGAUAUGAAGUAAAGAUUACAGGACCAGUUGGGAAAGAAAUGCUUAUGCCAAAAGACCCCACUGCAACCAUCAUUAUGCUUGCAACUGGAACUGGAAUUGCUCCUUUCCGCUCAUUUUUGUGGAAAAUGUUCUUUGAGAAGCAUGAUGACUACAAGUUCAACGGUUUGGCAUGGCUCUUCUUGGGUGUCCCCACAAGCAGCUCACUGCUUUACAAGGAGGAAUUUGAGAAAAUGAAGGAGAAGGCCCCAGAAAACUUUAGGCUAGACUUUGCUGUGAGCAGAGAGCAAACAAAUGAGAAAGGAGAGAAGAUGUACAUUCAAACACGAAUGGCUCAGUAUGCAGAAGAGCUAUGGGAAUUACUGAAGAAGGAUAACACCUAUGUCUAUAUGUGUGGACUCAAGGGGAUGGAAAAGGGAAUUGACGAGAUUAUGCUGUCAUUGGCCGCUAGAGAUGGCAUUGAUUGGUUGGACUACAAAAAGAAGUUGAAGAAGGCAGAGCAAUGGAAUGUUGAAGUCUACUAAUCCCUGACUACAGAUUGUCUCCCAUUUCAAUGCUUUCCUCCACGUUCUGUAGAUAGGUAAAGCCUUUUUGUAAUUUUUUUUUCCUUCCUUUGUUAAUGAAUUUGUAUUGGUAUAGCCUCUACAAGUUUUAUUUAUGAGGGAUCAUAUGUCAUAAUCAUACAAUAGAGUUGAAACCAACUUCAACUAUAUUUUUCAACUUCAUUAGUCAUUAA